UGAGCCUGUGUAUCUAUAUCUGUCAUGUGCGAUACUGUCUGCUGAGCCUGUGCAUCUAAAUCUGUCAUGUGUGAUACUGUCUGCUGAGCCUGUGUAUCUAAUCCUGUUAUGUGUGAUACUGUCUGCUGAGCCUGUGCAUCUAAAUCUGUCAUGUGUGAUACUGUCUGAUUAGCCUGUUUAUCUGACGUUGCGCAGGGGGACGUCACUCGUCAUCAGAGAGAGCCAGCGUUGCUGUCGCGCACCACCACUACCGCCGCCGCCGGCAUAAAUAGGGUUUUGAUGUUAAGAGAUCCACUUGGCGGUCUGAUCCGAACAGAGAAGAAAAGGAAAGAGGACGCUGCUCAUCACAAAAGACGGAAUUAUUGAGAUUGUGCCUGAAGACCAUCCUCAGAAUUCCAUAAUUGUCAACUCACGCUACCCUUCUGAGCAACGUCAACCCUGUACAGUCUCAGAAGAACACGAUUCAAUAGAAUAAUGGCGCUCAGUGGAGCUUUUAGUGCGGUUACCAAAACCCCUGGGCUUUUAAUAUGGAGAAUUGAGAAAAUGGACCUUGUUCUAGUGCCACAGAAAGCUCACGGAAACUUUUAUGAAGGAGACUGUUACCUGUUGCUCUCUACAAGAAAAUCUGGCAAUUCUUUGUUCUAUGAUAUCCACUACUGGAUUGGAAAGGACUCCUCUCAAGAUGAGCAGGGCUCGGCAGCCAUAUAUACCAUUCAGCUGGAUGACUUUUUGGGUGGUAGUCCGGUCCAGCAUCGGGAGGUUCAAGGACAUGAGUCAGAGUCUUUCAAGGGAUACUUUAAGCAAGGAAUCAUUUAUAAACAAGGAGGAGUAGCAUCUGGGAUGAAGCAUGUAGAGACUAACACGUAUGACGUAAAGAGACUGCUUCAUGUUAAAGGAAAAAGAAAUGUAUCUGCUACUGAGGUAAACCUGGACUGGAACAGUUUUAACCUUGGUGAUGUGUUCUUAUUGGACCUUGGCAAAGUUAUCAUUCAAUGGAAUGGACCUGACAGCAACAAAGCAGAGAGAAUGAAGGGAAUGUUAUUAGCCAAAGACAUCCGUGACCGGGAGAGAGGAGGUAGGAUGGAGGUUGGUGUCAUUGAAGGUGAUAAUGAGAAAGCAUCGCCAGAGUUAAUGAAAAUUCUGUCAAGUACCCUUGGAGAAAGAACCCAAAAAAUUGGUCCAGGAAGUACUGAUGAAGUUGCUGACCAAACACAAAAAGCCAACAUCAUGUUGUACCAUGUUUCAGAUGCUGGUGGAAAAAUGGAUGUGACAGAGGUGGCAGCACGGCCAUUAGUUAAAGAAAUUCUGAACCACCAGGACUGUUACAUAUUGGAUCAGGGAGGGACCAAAAUAUAUGUCUGGAAAGGAAAAGGGGCUACAAAGGCAGAAAAGCAAACGGCAAUGUCUAAAGCUUUGGAGUUCAUAAAGAUGAAAUCCUACCCACAAAGUACCAACGUGGAAACCAUAAAUGACGGGGCAGAGUCUGCCAUGUUUAAACAACUCUUCCAGAAAUGGCCUGUCAAAGACCAGUCUGUGGGUAUGGGGAAUGCCUACAGUGCCAAUAAGAUUGCUAAAGUCAGUCAAGAGAAAUUUGAUGCCUCUUUACUCCAUGCUAAGCCAGCAGUGGCUGCCCAAGAGCGCAUGGUGGAUGAUGGCAGCGGAUCUGUAGAGGUUUGGAGGAUUGAGAAUUUGGAGUUAGUACCAGUGGAGCCCAAGUGGUAUGGGUUUUUCUACGGUGGUGACUGUUACCUGGUGCUCUAUACGUACCAUAUAAACAAGAAGCCACAUUAUGUUCUCUACAUAUGGCAAGGUCGCCAUGCAUCACAGGACGAGCUGGCCGCAUCCGCUUACUUGGCUGUUCAGCUUGAUCAGGAUUUUAAUGGUGAACCUGUGCAAGUACGAGUUUGCAUGGGAAAAGAACCUCGACACUUCAUGGCCAUAUUCAAAGGAAAGCUUGUCAUUUUUGAGGGAGGUACUUCUCGAAAGGGAAAUGAGGAGCCUGAGCCACCUGUCAGACUGUUCCAGAUUCAUGGGACAGAACCUUCCAACACCAAAGCUGUGGAAGUUCCUGCAUAUGCUUCUUCCUUGAACUCCAAUGAUGUGUUUCUACUCAAUACACAGGCAGAGUAUUUCUUGUGGUAUGGGAAGGGCUCAAGUGGAGAUGAACGAGAAAUGGCUAAGCAGUUGGCAGCCAUCUUGGCUGAUGGCAGCGAAGAGACAUUGGCAGAAGGACAGGAGACUAUGCAGUUUUGGGAGCUUUUAGGAGGGAAGGCACCGUAUGCUAAUGACAAGAGGCUUCAGCAAAUGGUAACAGAUGUCCAUCCUCGCUUGUUUGAAUGUUCUAACAGUACUGGCCGCUUCAUUGUUACCGAAGUCAUGGACUUCAACCAAGAUGACCUAGACCCAACUGAUGUCAUGCUAUUGGACACAUGGGAUCAGAUAUUCCUUUGGAUCGGAGAAGAAGCAAAUGAUGUUGAGAGGAAGGAAGCAGUGGUAACUGCUGAGGACUACCUAAAAACUCACCCCAGUGGCCGAGAUCCAGAAACCCCAAUACUCAUCAUCAAACAGGGAUUUGAGCCGCCAAACUUUACAGGAUGGUUCUUGGCUUGGGACCCACAGAAAUGGAGUAAUGGAAAAUCUUAUGAGGAGUUGAAGAAGGAGCUCGGCGACUCUGCAGCCAUACAGAGAAUCACACGGGAUAUGAAUGGGAUGGCUCUAUCGCCUAGUACACCAAGCCCAAGUGCUACCUUCCAAUGUUUCCCACUUGAGGCCUUAAAAGGAAAGCAAAAGCACGAGCUACCAGAGGGGGUAGAUCCCACCAGGAAAGAGAAGCAUAUCACCAGACCUAAACCCUAUUGAGCAUCUGUUGGUCAUCCUCAAGGGAUGGCAGAAAAGCGCAAGGUCUCUAAGAUACACCAGCUCCGUGAUGUCAUGGAGGAGUGGAAGAGGACUCCAGUGACAACCUGUCAAACUCUGGUGAACUCCAUGUCCAAUGAAAAUAAUGGUGUCCACACAAAAUAUUGAUACUUUGGGCCCAAUUAAGACAUUUCCACUUAGAGGUGUACUCGCUUUUGUUGCCAAGGUUUAGACACAUUGGCCCUCAUUUACUAUUGCAAACCCGAAAUGUUUUGUCGGGUUGUGCGCCAGAUAUUCUGUCUCCACCAGAUUUUGUGCCAGAAUUGAAAAAACCCUGACUAACUCUCCAUUUAGCUAAGAAAACCUAAAAAAAAGGGGCGUGGCUGUCGGGAAAGGGGCGUGGUCUCCGAAAAGGGGCAUGUUCCCAACAUUUUCACAAAAAGCAGGUGUAAAAAAGCAAAAUGUAGGGAAAGUGGAAAAUGUAGGGAAACCUUAGUAAAUACCGUGGAAAAUAAAUUGUAGGGAAUUAAACCCACAAAGAAACCUACACUCCACUCUUCGUAAAUAAGGGCCAAUGUCUGUAUGCUGAGUUAUUUUGAGGGGACACAACAUUAAACACUGUUAUACAGGCUGUGCACUCAAUACUUUAUAUUGUAGCAGAGGGUCAUUUCUUUAGUGUUGUCACAUGAAAAGAUAGAAUAAAAUAUUUAUGGGGUGAGAGGUAUACUAACUUAUGUGAGAUACUGUACUCUAGGUGGUGAUUUCAUGUGUUUUGAAGGUGCCAUGCUUAUUAAAGCCUAUUUACCAGUUAUUUUGUAUGUUUUUAUAGUUUAUGACAAUAUUGGUAGUACAGUGUGAAUGUAUGGAAGAAUAUGAAAUAUUGGUUCUUCAAAAUUUAUUUCAAUAAAGGAAUACAAUAAAAACUAUUAAAAUAUUUAAUGAGAAUCAACAUUCUGCUGUUUUGCCAAAAUGCGGUAAUUUCAAUCAUAUUAUUAGCACAACUCCACAUACAGGGCCGCGCAAGUAUGGUACAGAGCCAAGUCUGAUAUUUCCUGUGUAAUAUACCACUUGCCAACCGGGCCAGAAAUAGUACAAUCCUCUUACCUUUUAAGAAAGUGGUAGAACUGUAGAGAAUUGUCAUGAAUAAAGUGUUUUCACAAAAAGUGAUCCAAUACUUUUCCAGCACCAAUUUUGCCUUUAAACGGCAUCAGUCAGCCUUAUUUCAUGCUCUGAGCUGCAAACAUGGGCAGGUAGCUGGUAGGGAGAGAAAAUAAACGAUACCUGCUUUUUUUUUUUUUUGUUAUAGCUGUUUUUAAAGUUUAAAAUUAUGUUUUUCUUAUGUGAUUAUAAGUUAUAAAGACUGUGCUGAGCUGCAACAUGCACACUUCCUCCCUGCUCGGCUUCCAGUACUGAUCCUUGUAUCAAUCAUGUGGAGUAAGGGUGGGGGAGGGAGGAGGUGUGCAUGCUGCAGCACAGCCUGGCCUAUACCACUCUAGAGCUUAUAAGAAAAACAUCACUUAACUUUGCAGCUAAGAGACAAGUAUUUGUUUUAUCUCAUCAGUUAUAUGCUAAACUCCGCAGCCCUGCGUAUGACAUAGAGCUGACCAAUUACCUUUAGUAAAGGGCACCAAAGGACAAAUUUCCUAACAGUACAACUCAACCCCUAUAAUUCACUGUAAACAGAGUCGUUAAAGGGAAUCUGUCGCCAGGUUUGUGAUGCCCUGGGGGCAGCAUUCAGUGGUAAAAGAGACCCUGAUCCCAGUCACUCCUUAGACAGUCUUGUACCCUUUAGGGUAUGUGCGCUCGUUCCUUCGGCAGAAUUACAAGCGCACUUCAUUACUGUCAAUGGUGAUGGCGCAUGGGGCAUGGUCUUACCGCCGCAAGAUUGGUAGUGUGAACAUACCCUUAGACUGCUUGUGCUUGGUGAUCUCAUUUUUGGCUGCUCAGACAUAGUGAACAAGAAAGAAAGUAACACUGGCCUUUUAAGCAUCAAUGCCACCAUUUAAUCAUCAAAGCCACCAUUCACAAGUCAUGUGAGCGCAGAUAUAGUUGGUACAGGUGACUUACGGCUGGUUUAAAGAAUUACAGGGAAUGAACACAGCAGCCAUUCAUCAUGUCCUGGAAUGGUUUUCAGUUUUGUAUGAUGUUUUUAUUUUGUUGUUUAUAUCAUUUGCUUUCUGUAUGAAACAUGAAUAUAUGUUUAUUUAAGCAGUUUCAAUAAACAAAAAUGAUCACCACCUAAUGAUGUGCACAUGCUCUGUAGUCCUUGGCAUUCAGCCCCAUGCCCUUGUCUGACUGACCACUUUCUGCCUAUGCAAAGUGUAGAGAGAAAGCCAUCAAAUCAUGGACUAUGGGAAGAGACAGCCCGCCACUCAUGAAAAUAGACAACUGCUAAUUAUUGCUGUUUUGGGUCUCAUAAGCUGUAACAUUAAUAUCGUCUAUAAAGAAACGUGUGAAAAGUUUUGAUCAUUCAGGGUCUGAGUGUUCAGAUCCUGUGCGAUCACUUGAAUGAACAGGGAGAAGUGCUUGGCUAAGAUGGACUGCAGAAGAUGGACUCUUUAGUAAGUCUAUGGAGCCGGUCUCCUGCAGUGAGCAGGAAAAUGUGGAGAGAAGCACUUUACUAAGUGCUUCUCCUGGCUUGUUUUUUAUAAUACAAGUAAAUGGCUGCACUAAUGUUAAAUCCAAAUAUAGAAGACAAGGCUUGCACUCACCGUUCCUGUAGAAUAUUUAAUGCGGUCAUUCCGUUCCGGCAGGGAGACUUCAGUAAUGCGGGGGUGCUCAGAGGCAAUUGUUGUGCUCUCUGAGUAUAUCUAUAUUUGGGCUGCAGUGAUGUUAACUUUAAUUGCUGUGGUGUUUUGCUUUGAACUGGGAGCCGUCAUCUGUGUCAAUCGCAUCUGUGUAGUCACUGCACAACACAUACGUUUUACGGCAUACACAGUAAACAACACAUAAUAAAUAGCUGUCAACUCUAUGGGCUAUGCUGGAGCUGUGCAGGUCACGGCAUAAAUGGAAUGAAAGAGGGAACAAGAUGAUAUAAAUCUGGAGCCUAGAGCACUUUUUUU